ACCUCAUAACAUUCUGCAGAGGCGCCUCAUGGAAACCAACCUGUCUAAGCUCCGAAGCAGCCGUGUCCCUUGGACCUCCAAGACCAACAAAUUCAGUCAGGCUAAGUCUGAGGGGCUGAAGAAGUCUGAGGAGGAUGACAUGAUUUUGGUUUCUUGCCAGUGUGCUGGAAAGGAUCUGAAAGCCCUGAUUGACACAGGCUGUCAAUAUAAUCUCAUCUCUUCAGCCUGUGUGUAUAGACUGGGACUCAAGGAGCAUGUCAGAUCUCACAAGCAUGAAGGAGAGAAGCUUUCUCUACCCCGGCAUCUGAAAGUAGUGGGGCAGAUCGAGCACCUAGUGAUCACCCUGGGCUCCCUCCGCCUGGACUGCCCAGCAGCUGUGGUUGAGGACAAUGAGAAAAACUUGUCCCUUGGUCUCCAGACUCUUCGGUCCCUGAAGUGCAUCAUAAACUUGGAUAAGCACCAGCUGAUCAUGGGCAAAACAGACAAAGAAGAAAUCCCUUUUGUGGAGACAGUUUCCUUGAAUGAAGACAACACUUCAGAAGCAUAACUGCAGCCUGCAGCAUGUCUGCACGUAUGCACACAUACCAGGUUGACAGAUUGAGAAAACUGGGUUUGAACCAAAUGCAGUAGCAAUGUGCUGUGGACCAAGUUCUUUUCUCUAAUAGAAGCUCCAGGGGCUCCUUCCCACCCAGACCUCUCUAGACUUUAGUCUGUGCUUAGAGAUCUUGUCUGGUUAUAGCCAUUGUUUUUUACUCCUUUGAUCACUUAAUUUAUAGACCUUUUUGACACUGCCAGGUCUCACUUGUGGCCUAUUUCUCUGCUUCUUCCAAGAAUUUGCUUUUAUUAGUCAAGUAUAGGGGCUGCCAGGUUAUAUUUCUCCAUAAGUACACUUGCUGCUUUUCCUAUAGCUAAAAUGUAUAAUAAACAGGAACUUGACCUAUACCUCCUUUCAGCUGUUUCAGAGAGGUGCCGGAUGCCUAUGUCUCAGAAUUAAUGUUUCUCCAAACUCAUUCAUUGAUUUUCAAGUAUGAAUAGAUCUGAAAUCUGAAAGAGCCCAGAGAGAUAAUCUAAUUCAACCCUUUCAUUUAAAGGUCCAGAGAGGCAAGUGAACUGUCUAAGCUCAUAUACUGAGUCAGUGGCAGAAGGGACCUAGAACUCAGACCUGACAAGCCAAGGCUACGUUCAUUCUCCCAUGCUGCUUCAUUUGUCUUCAAGCCUUGAGAGGCAGAUGAAGAGAUGAGGGUUUGUGAAAAGGCAGGGUAGGGGAAGAGUAUGCUUUGGGGAUGGAUGCAGGAGGAUCUGGGUAGCCUGCCUUCCUGUGUGCUAAGCCCACUAAAAGUUCCCUGCCCCCAAUUGUCACAUUUAGGCCCUUAUCUUGGUGCCUAAAAGCCGAGGGUACAAAGAUCAAUGAGAUGGUCUUUCACCUGGAACUUUUUGGAGGGGAGGAGAAGAAGGAACCACAGACAGAAGAACAUUAAUUACUCUCUGAGAUGGAAUUGAAGGCCUCAGUAAGUAAUCUGGGCAUCAUCGUUAGACAUUAAUACUCCCAAGAUCCAAUCACUAUCUCUGCCUAGACUAUUAUUUUUCUGCCAUGGAGUCAAGUAGUUGAGAACAGGAGUAAAGCAGAUGAAAAAAAAAACAGAGGAGGUCCAGAAUAGAAAGUAGUACUAGGUAGAAUCAGUUGGUGGGAAGGCCUAUGUAGGGAAAUCUUUCUGGGAUGGUCAGGAUGAAACUUCGAGGCAGGGAACUGAGGGUUUGGAAACCCUUCAGCUCUGUCCUGAUAUAAGGAAAGAGGCAGGGAAGGAGCUGGCAGUGUUAAGAACAACUUUUUCUGACUGCCCAGUAUUUCCUGACCCCUUUCAAAGAGUUGAAGAUCACAGGGACUUCUUGAAGCUUUUUGUUGGGGGUGUCAUCUUGGGCACACAGAUACCUGGAAUGGAAUUUCCUCUUCAAUUUAGUCAUAGAAGUGCCUGGAGAAGUCAGAAAAAUAGCCAGCUGUGGGUAUUCCUUUAGGAGAAUCCCAACCCUACCCAUGAUUCAUAGCACAGAGUAUUUAAUGGGUUCCAUUCUGAACUUGAUAAGUAGGUAAGGUCAGUUCUUCCCAGAAUCCUAGAAAAUUCUCUCUGGCGCCUCUGAGGGUAUAGGAAGAGUGUCUACCUAAGUCACAGUUCUGAAGACCAGCAGUAGCAGGAAGUAACCCUAUAGAACUGAUACCCCUCUCCUUCCUUAUUAGAUGUCCAUCUCAAAUACAGAAAGUUUGGAAAAUACUGUUUUUGUCAUUUGGUAUUUCUAUGCCUGACUGAUUUGUGGAACAAAUGUUUUCUGACUUUUCUAUUUCCUUGCCCUGCACAGACCCCACCUGGUAAGAUUUUCUAUGCCUUAGCUCAAAGUGUCUAUAGAAUGGAUUGCUUGGUCUGUCAGCUAGCCUCACUCUUGUGUAAUAGAAAUAUCUUCCCAGGUUGGGGACAUGGAGGAGACGAACUGGAUUCCUGCCUCCUUCUGUUUCCAGGCCUCUGCAUUAGCACUUUAUCUGCUCAGUGUUUCUGGCUGUGUUGGGUUUAUUUGUGAAACUAACAAUAAAGUGAAAUGUUCCCCUCUGUG